AUAGUAGACCCCCAACCUACCCUCGACCCACCGGAGGCAUUAUGAAGAAAAACCAUCAGGGUUCGAGUAGCUCAUGGAACCAAGGAAGGCAGAAGGGUCCAUUUCAAAGGGGCCAAGGACAGAGGAGCUAUCAUAGUAGUUAUCACGGGUCACAGAGGAGCCCAACAGUAUCUACCCCUGCCCCGAGUACAGCGAGCUCUCAACAGUGCACUAAAUGCGGGCGUCGUCAUUUCGGACAGUGCUGGGUCUGUUACAUUUGUGGGAAACCCGGUCACAUUGCAAAGUUUUGUGGGGACAACCAGGGCUCAAAUAUGAAGAACCCUUCCCAACAUCCUACUGUCUCUGGUCGUGUGUUUGCUCUUACUCAGGACACCAUGAACUCCCCAGAUGCCAUUAGAGGAGCGAAUCCGGCCGAGAAAGCACCAGAGGUGUAAUUAUGGUGUAUGAGACACCAUCUUUUACGUUGCCUCUUAUUUUGGAUUAUACAAUGUAUCUUGUGCCAACUUAGGACAUAUCUUGUCUAUGGAGCAUGUAAACUCUAAUCCUUUUUAUUAAAUGCAUUUAUAUGUCCAAGAGGAUUAUGUCUGUCCCUUUUGAUUCAUGACCUAAUUUAAAUAACAUGCUAUGAGGAUCAUGUCUGUCCCUCAUGGUUCUAAUUGCUUUUUGAGAUAUUUUAAGACCUGUGGUAUAUUGUCUUGGAUGUAUCAUGGUAGAAAUUUUUCUACCAUGAUAAGGGUAUGAUAAGGGUUCAAUGAAAAAAAAAAUGAUUUCUUGAAUUAAUAACUUGCGAAAAAUCGGUUUGUAAAUUUGAGGGUGUUACAUAUUGGUAUCAGAGCAUAUAGUCGGUUGGCAAUAUACAUUGUUAUGGUGCUUCUCAUUGUAUGGCCAUGAUAUAGCUAGGCUAAUUUUAUUAUUUAUAUCUUGUAUCCUUUAGGAGGGGAGAGAAAAUGCCUGUUACUCGUGGUAACUCAGGAUUCCAACAUGAGCACCUGCCACCGCCACUGCCAAAUGAGGAGCCUGACUUGGCGGAAUUAAGAAUGCUUGUAAAAACAUUAACAGACAAGGUUCAAGGAUACGAACAAGAGUUGACGGAGCUAAAGAGGCAAAAGGUAACUGAAAAUGGAGAUAGGGCUCAUGUUGAGAGUCAUGUGGGGGAAGGCAGUUCCUCACAUCCUGCCACUCUGAGAGAUCAUGAGUCUAGAAGGAAAGAAAUUAGGCAGGAGGAACAGAGAGCCCCACCGACCAUUACUGAUGUGUGGGAAACUGUUAGGAAGUUUAACCCUCCUACGUUUGAUGGUAACCUUAAACCAUCCGUGGUAGAGGAAUGGGUGAAGAGACUCGAAUCCAUCUUUCGAGUAGUCACAUGCACCAGCAAUCAAAAAGUACAAGUAGCAUUAGUGCUCCUAGUGAAAGGAGCAAGAGAUUGGUGGGAGACAGCAGGGCCCAGGGAUGAUUCUACACUCACCUGGGAGGA